GAGGCACGUGCUUUUAAUACCGCUUGCUACAUUGGCGAAUUUGACUUUGUAAGUUAAUAAUGGAUUAAGUGUCAACAUUGCUGACUCAGCAAACCCACUUCAGACAACUAGAUUGAGAACCAGUAAAAGUUCUUAAAGAACGUGAAUUCUGAAGAUGGAUUAUGCAUGCAUGAUGCAUGCAUGUAAUAAGACUAUAAUUAUGAUGAUGGAGACACCUUUUCUAGUGCAGCAUUCACUUCUUCGGCACGAUUGCCAGAAAGUCAUCCAGAGAUUUUUCAGGAAAAGCCUCGAGCAAUGGCCGGUGAUGACAGGACGGCAACCAUGUGGAGUCUCAAGACCCGUCCUGCUUGCUGUAAGGACUACAUGUACGUCUGAAAGAGCAGACAUUUCAACUGGAACGCUACCUCAAAUAGGAUGGCACUUCAACAGAGCUCAUGUCUUGCAGAGACACCGGGAUGUUUUGAAACAUCUCUGUUUGUGUGUUCCAAACUCAAACACCUUCAAGUUCUGCAAUCACCCAUAUUCAAUAAAGACAGUGCUGAAUAAGUGCAGUAGUUGGGGUUCCUGUUUUCAAAGUAGAAAUUUCACAGAGACCAAAUCUGAUGGAAAUGAGAGUGCUGACGGGGAGACAAGGUCAAAGGAAGGGAUGAGUUACCUGGAAGCGAGGAGGCGGGGACUUCAUGCUGGUAGGCGGAGCUUGUCACCCACGGAGAGGCUGGACCAAAUGAUGGGUGUCGAGACCAGCAAUGGACAGCUGGACAGUAAAACCACUACUCAGAGCAAAUCUGAAUUCCAAAGCAAAGAUCAGGAAAAAAGUGGUGGCAAUAAUGCCUUUGACAGGGCUGAAUCGGAUGCCAGCGUGAGAGAUGUGGACAGAGGCAGUGAGGGUAUAAACAAGCCUGGGAGAUUUCAGGACAACCCUCCUAUGGUGGAUGGUGAGAUGGUCCUAGCUGUCAGGGAAAACUUCAAACGACAUGAAUAUCUCUACAGGAUGUUCCCACUGAAUGCCAAUAAGGACUUCUCCUCCAAGUUUGGUACCAUCUCACAUGCCGAUCUAGUUGGUCAUCCAGCCGGAAAAACAUUCACCACAGACUUGGGUAUAGAUGUCCUGAUUCGCAGACCCUCCCUGGAAGAGUUUGUGUUGUACAUGAAGCGAAUACCUGUUAUAUCUUAUCCAAAGGAUUGCUGCACAAUGCUGAUGAUGAUUGAUGCCAGUCAAGGAGAUGUGAUCUUAGAAGCAGGCGCCGGGUCUGGAGCAAUGACGCUCUUCCUAUCUAGAGCAGUGGGCCCAGGAGGUUGUGUACACUCCUUUGAAGCUAAGCCUGAACAUUUAAAGAGAGCUGCUAAGAAUGUUAAGCAAUGGGCGUCAUCUUGGAACAUUUGUCAUCCUUGGCAGCCGUGGCCAGAAAAUGUUUCCUUUCACUCAGGUACAUUACAGAGCUGCCAUAAAGACCUAGACCCUGCGUUGUUAGUAGACGGAGCAGUCAUCGACAUGGAGCGACCGCAUGAAGCAAUGCCUGUACUGGCUGCACGACUCAAAUCAGGCAAGGCGGCUGCUCUGUAUGUCGCUAAUAUUACGCAGAUAGUUGAAGCAGCUGAAUUCUUGCGUGUGCACAGCCUCCCUCUUACCAUUGAGAAGACACUAGAGGUGACCCACAAGGUGUGGUUAGUGCACCAGGCUAGACGCCACAGUGGUAUCUCCCUGGCAGAGACAACACUUCAUACAGACAUGGACUACCAGUCGGACCAAAGCGCCUCGGAUGAAUUUGAAGACCCCUCCAGUUCAUACAUCAAAGACCACAUCCCUAAGUACAUAGCGAGACCCCACAAUGAACAACCCAGACACUCUGCCUUUCUUGUCAAAGUCAGGAAAAUUGAGAGUGCAGCUCCAACCUACAAACUUUGAUGUUAAAGAAGCGGUGAGCUA